AUGGCUAAACGAAUCGACCCUGAGAGUAAUGUACAACCUGACUCCAAAUCCGAUGUGGACUGGAUCGCAGAGACCAAUGUGCCCGACACUAUCCAACAAUCAUUGCCCUCGGCCAAACCAGUGACGGUCUUCAAACCGCGUGUCAUUGCAUUGACUGGCGCGACUGGUUUCAUGGGCCAGGCUUACCUGCGAGCAUUGCUGUCAGAUCCCGAAGUGCAAACGGUUCAUUGCAUUGCUGUCCGUCUGGGCAGCGCACGCACCAAGCAAUUACUAUCACAGCCAGCUUCAAUUCUUCGCCAUCAGAAAGUCAAGAUAUAUGAAGGUGAUCUAGCUGAGCCUAGCUUCGGACUGGACGAGACUGCAAUUACUUCCAUAUUUGGCACCGCAAAUUGUAUUAUCCACAACGGCGCGGACACUUCGCAUAUGAAAAGCUAUCCAUCGAUCCGGAGAACCAAUUUUGGAUCUACUCAGGAAAUCAUCAAGAUGUGUCUGAGUAAGAACGUGCAACGAAUGAUACCUAUCCAUUACAUAUCUACGGGAAGUAUCUGGUCGUCUUCGGGCUUGGAUAUUGCAAACGAAACAUCCGCAGCAGCUCAUCCGCCUCGUCGACGGUUUUCUACUGGUUACACAGAUCUCUCUGGCCGAUUUGCAUACAUCGCCCCGCAAGUGUCCAACCAGACGAUGCAGAGAAUGCAAGGAGCGCAGAAGACUCCAAAACAACCCCACAUCUAG